AUGGGAGUCCAACUAAUGAUCAUCCCAUUGGAAAUGAGAUGUUCUAAAAAAGCCAUGGUGGUUGAUCUGUUGACUUCCUCUAAUGUUGUGGAGAGAGCAAUUGUUGCUGCAUCUGAAGUUUUUCAGAGCAGGGGUAUGCAAAAGCCAUUUGAGCAUGGACAAAGUAAGUGCUCAGCGGGUAUGGAACCUGCCUCCACCAGUAGACAAGCUUUGUUUGGAGUUGUGGUGCGUGACCAAAUGGGAACUCUGAUCACUGGAGCAGCUGGAACAAUGCGUGCCUCUUCAGCUUUAUCUGCAGAAGCAUGGGCUGUUCGGUGUGCCUGCGCUAUGGCAGUUGUUGAGAAUUUUCACGAAGUUAUUGUUGAAUCUGACUCUAAGGUGCUGAUUGAAGCUCUCCACCGAGGCCCAACUUCUUUGAUACAAGAGGUUGAGACCUUUCAAAGGAUAUUUGGUUUUAUGCCAGUAAAAUUCCUUCGAACAGAUUUCAUUUUGUGA